CACUGGAUGCAUUUUGGGAGUAGGACUUGUUCUUUCACUUAUGAGUCACAGUAGCCAAACAGACUCACGAGUGCAUGUUUCCACUUCAUUGCGAAAACUCUGCAAAUACCUGGACAGCAGUGAGGACCAAAGCAGAUGUGUCCAGGAGGUACUUGCCUAUUCUGUGGCAUGUUCCUGUGUCUCUGCUUUCAGUGUUGGAAUCAUAGAAGCAGCUGAGGCUGAGGAGGCCAUGAAGAAACUGCGGACCUUAGUGGAAAAUAAUCAGCAGACCCACGGUUUUGCUUUAGCUCUGGGUGCAAUAGUACAUGGAUUGUCAGCUUCUGGUCAUGGGAAAGCCGAAGACCUGAGUGACAGACUAAUGCCAGCCUGGAUAAAAAUCUUGCUUGCAGAGGGUUCUCCAACAAUGCAGCGUCUGGCUGCUGUCAGUGGGCUGGUGGCAUUGGUGGGCUCUGAAGGAGGCAUGAUACAGCUGAAAUCUGAGAGCAUUCGGUCCUCUCAAUUUCAAAGUAAGCUGAAUGAAGUAAUCAGAACCCUUACACAGAUAAUCAGUUUUUCAGGGCAGAUUGGCCUUCAGACAAAUGCAGCAGGACUUUUGGGGCGUCUUCAUAUGUCCUGUUUGUCUUCUACCCAGAACAGGGCAUCCGUUCCUCCAGAUUUUUGCUACUUGCCUGAAAACAGCUUUAUCAGGGCAGCCAUUGACUUUGUCAUUGAAAGUGGAAAGAAAGGCCCCGAAUCUGUCCCACCUGAGCUGGUGAGAGUAGCACUGGCACCCAUUGCAUUGAUUGGAGAAAACCAUCAAUAUCCACCUGUAAACUGGGCAUCCAUUCUUUCUCCUUUGAUGAGGCUAAACUUUGGUGAUGAAGUAAAACAUCUCUGCCUUCAGCUGGCUGUGACACAGGCCCAGUCAUCUCAAAAUGCAGCAAUGCUUUUAGGGAUGUGGGUGGCACCUCCCCUUAUCUACAGUCUCAGUAUGAAAAACCAGAAAUACCUUUUCAUGUCCCUGCCCCUGUGGAUGAAACAUGUUGCAGAAGACAAACUACAGUCUUUUACAGAAGUGUUUCUGAUACAACAAUUUGAAGUGAAGAACCGCACAAAAAACCCAGAAAUUUGCCAGUGUGUUUUACAGGGGCUCACACAGGCAAUGAAACUUCCAAACCGUGCCCAGUACUGCUGGAGCUUUCUGUGCCAGGCUGUGGAGAAAAUAUUUGAGCUUCUACCAAAUCAGGUUCAGAGAGGCGAACUGAAGAUGUACAUCGAUGUAGCAAAAUGUAUCUCAGAAAUGUCUGAUGCAGAGAUUGAUCACAUUGUCCACAUCUCUAAGAACAAUAUAGAGAAGACCACAUUCACGAAAGUGUAUUUAAUUUCUCAAGGCAGGCUGCCUCUAAUGAACUUGAGUGCUGUGAUUGAUACUGUGGCAGGAUAUCACCAGAGAGAAAAUAUUUUAUGGAUGCUCUUGCAUGGUUUCUAUCAUGCUCGUGUUGUCAGCCAUGAAAAUACAGGAGUGAUGAAAAGAAUGAACUGGCUGCUAGACCUGAUGGGCUACAUCAGAAAUUCAGCAUACAGGUCAACACCCUUAGAAAAUGUUGAUCUUAAAGAGUGCAUAGAUUUCCUCCUGUGGCUGUUUGCGGCUUCUGUGGUGGCCUGGGCUGACCAUGGUGCACCAUUACUGCUUGGUCUCAGUGCUAACUGGCCACUGUGGAAGCACCAAACGAUACUACUGGAAUUAUCUGCGGAUCACAUUGGCAAGCACCCCACUGACAAGCUUGCUGUGCAAGAGACUCUCACUCUCCUUCCAAGCAGCAUUUCCCUUUUGCUGGCUAAAGAGCCUUGGAAAGAACAGACACAGAAGUUUAUUGACUGGCUGAUCAAUAUGAUGGAUAGUCCUAAGGAAGCAUUAUCAAAAUCUUCCAUGGACCUGCUGAAAGUUACACUUCUGGCCUUGAGAUCUCUUCCAGAGUUCAAGAAGAAAGCAGUGUGGACUAAAGCUUAUGGGUGGUAG